CUGAUAUGCAGUGUUGGAACCUCACACGACAUACCUUCUGAUUUGCUGAAUGUCUGUGUGAUCGUGGACAAGUCACAAGGCACCGACAGUAUGCAAUGGAGUGCUUGUUGUACAUGGACUGAGUUUGCCGGUGUGAAGUGCAGAGUUACCACUCUGACAUUCGGUUUGUCACCUCGUCCCUAGACCUGGUCAAGUCUUUGCAUCUGUUCUGAGUCUGCUACCAAGUCUCCAUACCACUAAUCAUAGCCUGAAUCCGCAGUGACAGUCGCGUCCACUGCAUGCAGACCUCGCCUUUCGCCUGCGGUGAGAACCGUGUUUGGGUGGCUCAUGCAGAGUGGGCGCAGGAUCAGAGUCAGGCAGGACCCACCGUCCUAUCUCAGUAGUCUUGACACGCAGCUUCAGUAAUAGGUUCAUGCUUUUGACGCCUACCAGUGCAAUGCCAUAAAGCACUAGCGCCUCGCUCCUCCUUUCACACUGUCUCUGCUGGGCUGCUGUCUCCCGGGGUAGUAAUUCCUAUGCUCUCGACGUUGAUGCAUGCAUGCUCGUGACGAGAAGGUGUUGACAGUCUGAGACUGAGCAGUGCCAGUAGUGCGCAUUCUUUGUGACCUCCAGAAUGAUUUCACUCCAAUACUGAGAUAGCGUUUGGGCGAGGUGGUGCACUCAUGUAACUGAAGCUAGCACGCCGGACAGAGAAUGUUGUUUUUCAGUUGAAUCGAUUCAAGACCCAAACUCGUCGAGGAUCCCUUUCUCCUCGUCGUGGUGUCAGGGUGCACCGUUUCUAGUUUAGCUGAGCACACGUACCGGAGCACAGAGACUUGAAGCCGGCAAGAUGAGUAAUCAACACUUCCUGAGCAAGACGAUCGUCAUGCCCACCUCCUCCAUGACUAGUGUGGAGAACAUUGGUAGUACCAGCGGUGAUUCCAGUGUUGUUGCUGGUGCCGGGGCUGCUGGUGGUCGUCCCGCCAGUGUACCCUCGAUGCCGACACGCCGCGAGCGACGCAUGAGAGCAACGUCGGCCUCGAGUGGCCUGGCCGACGUCGAAGCCAAGAAAAAGAAGAAGGGCUGGGCGCCCAUUCGAAAGAUGAAGCGCUUCUUCUCGCGCGGGGAGGACCUGGACGAGGCGCGAGCUCCGGGUGAGCUGGCGGACCAUGCAUUCAAUCAUGGGAACGUGGUCAAGUACAAGCCGGGACCGGACAGCCUGCACUCAGGCCGAAACAGGCAUCACGUCCAUGGCCACAGCGCCUCUGCGCCCGUGCCGAUGUCCCCGAGUGACUUGCAGCGGGUCAGGACCGAAAGCAACGGUGGCACGGCUACUGCUCCUGCGUCACCGUCCGCCACCAACGCUGGUGCAGCUGGUCAGUUCAAUAUUCCCGACGGCAGGUUCUUUCGACACAGUCCGUCGAUCGACCGUGCUCAGCAAUUCUAUUCAUCAAGCGAGCAGGUUAGUAGCUCGGCCGAGGCAACAUGCAACACGCCGACGGAAGACAGGCGGGGCAGUGCCAAUGGAGAGGCAGAUAGCGCCCCUCACUCGCCGACCAAGCAGAAGACGACCCUGAAGUUCAGCAAGACUGCGGCACAGCAGACCCAGGGCAAGAGCGCUUCGAACAAGAUAUUGAAUGAAGAUCUUGGAGACCUCCCCAUUCGCCUGACCGUCAAGCGGAUAACAAAACUCAAAGACCGAAACGAAGAUCCAACCGUCAACGCACGUGAUGUGGUGGUCGCCAAAGGUCAGACUGGCUUAGGGAUGACGCUGGCUGGCUCCAAUCCCGUCAUUGUAAUCAAAGUUGAGCACGAUUGUCCGGCUGAGCAAGCUGGCAUUCUCGUCGGAGAUAUGAUUGUGGCCGUGGCAGACAUUGACGUCCGUAGCUCCACGCAAGCGCAUGUGAACCGAAUGAUUACACUGGCAAGCAAGUCAUCCAGCCAGCCCGCAGCGAGUUCUGAGGACAUUGCAGAUGAUGUGUGGAAUAGGGUACAAUCCAUGCAAGAUCGCCUGGACGGCGGGGCUGCCGUUCCCAGCACCACCCUGGAGAGCGCUGCCGUGAAGAGCACUCCAGCUACACGACAGGCAGGGCACACGGACAUGGUCAGCAGCACUGAUAAUACCCCUGCACCUAUCCCCGUCAGGGCUGCACCUGCGACCGCUGUAGAGCCGAGGAGAUCGCGACGAGUCAGCCUCGACCUCACCUCCGACGUGGAGCUAAGCGACAGCACAAGCAAAUCAGCCACGCCGGACAGCGUGAAGAGUUUCGGAUCACCACGCACUGUCGCUGCAGCCACUGAAUCUCUCCCGGGUGGCCAGACUGUGCAAGAAGCAAGUCCUCAGGAUGCUAAUACUAGCAGCGUCGAUACACCAACGUCAGUAUCCGCCAAAACGUCCGGAUCACCAGCCCGUUUCAAAAAGAACCAAGACAAUGGCUCAGGAGCAGGACUUGGCGUGCUUAUCCGGCAGAAGUCCAGAAAAUUGCGCGCUCAGCGGAUCAGUACUGGGAUGGUGGAUGAAAGCAGUGUACUGCCAAUAUCAUUGGAGACCGAUGAGGAUCAAGAAAUCUUAGAUCUCAUCAACAACCGGCAUUCCCUGCUGCUGACCGAGGCCGUAGAGCGAUGCCACCGUGAUCGCCUGGACGAGAAGCAAGUGGACGAGUACAUAUCCGAGGGCGAGGGCGAGAGCGACGGCCACGACGCAUCCAGCGGAUGCACACCGCGCUCGGGCUUCUCCACGCCCGGGUCUGAGGACGGCGUGGUGGACAGCAAGAGUGCGCCGACGACGCCGACAACUCGGCGGCGAGUGAAGGUGCGGCGCAGCGAGUCGCACAAGGGAUCUGCGGUGAUAGUGAAGCAGAAGUCUGGCCGUGUGCUGGCCGCCCCUCGGCCGAGACCUUCCAUUCUGCCCGGAGACAUAGCGGCCAGGCUGGUGGAUCCGAAGCGGAAAGCCAAUCCGCACGUUGAUUCAGGUUAUGCCUCCAUCCACCAGGAUGACCUGGACACGGACAAUCUUGAGCAGGCACUUGUUGCCGCCGAUGUGAAACUCUCAGGAAAUGCGCAUUCCCCUGUGCAUGGAGACAAUGCCGAGCGGGAUAACUUGGCACACACAACCGUGGUCGGUGGUGCAGAAUUGAGCGCACAGCAGUCGGCACCACUUACAGCCAAACGAGACACUCUCAUACCGGACAAGCAUGGUGCACCUGAAGCAGUGAAGUUAUCUCCUGGAAGGACGACGGGACCCUCGUCAGUCUUUCCUAGGAGCGUGGCACAAGCUGGAAAGCCUGGUGUGCGUCGUACCAAGAGCAUGUUAGUGACUGGAAACGCUCAGAGUCCAUCUGCUGCGGCCGCUGCUGCCGCCUACAGAGGAGGCAAGAAGACAUCCGUGGACACUAUGAGCACUCCACCAUGGAAGUUGGAGUUGCAACGGCAGCGAGAGGAGAAAGAGAGGGAACUGGGUGACAAGUUGGCUGGUCUCCCAGCUUCCAACACACCACCAGCAGUGGCUAAGCCCGGCCUAAAGCGAAUGAAUUCAGCAAAAAUGGUCGCCUCAGCUGCAGCCAGAAAGGAGGCAGUGGUUGCUCGGGAAGAGAAGUCAACGACACCAGCGAUCGAGGCACCAUCUUGGGUAGCAAUGGCUAAGGAUAAGUCCAAGCGCGCUUCUGUGCACGAUACAGUGUCCACUGGCGAAACUAGCGUGCAGGCACCGGCAGAUACAAAGGCAAAGGCUAUGACAUUAGGCCAUCAGAAGGGGCCUGCAUCAACAAGUCAGCCUGCUCACUUCACCCUGCAACCCAAGUCCAAAGCACACAGCACCAGUGCCCUGCCAGGCAUGCACAAGCGGACCCAGCAGCACGAGGACAACGAGGAGGAGGAAGCCAAACGACAGCAGCGACGAAGCAUCGUCAUCACCGAGCAGGAGAAGUGCAUCGUGUGCCAGAAGUCGGUGUACCACUCCGAGCGCUUCAGCACCGAGGGUCUGGUGUAUCACAUGGCGUGCGUACGCUGCGUCACCUGCCAGCGCAAGCUACACAUGGAUAAGUUUGUCAUUGUGCGAAAGCAGAUCUAUUGUAAGCAGCAUAGCAUGGCAGUUUCAAUGAAACUAGCGCCGAACAUCACCACGGCUGCACCCAUGCCAAGCAUGAGUGCCAGGGGUGGAGCUCUGUCCAUGAACUGAAGCACAGAGCCUAUCACCACACCGUCUGCUCGAUCAGUGUCAUCAACCUCUGCUAAGAUACAAGUUGCGGUGAAGAUUUGAUGAUUGCAUUCAAUCUGUUACUCUGAUCCCCGAGCAGUUAGAAAUCCCAAUAGCAAUAUCAUUUUUGUACCAAUUGUGAGUGUGAGCGUGUGGAGGCUGAGAGUUGCUGUUAUUCCAAAAUCAAGGCGUUGAAACAAGUACCGAGUGCACAGACUGAUGAUCACUUUAUGUUCACCUGCUAGAGGGCGUGCACUCCUAUGCUUGUUGUCCAGCUGCUCGUCUUGUGUUUCAACGUUUACAUGCGUGAGUAUGAUGCUGAUUUGCAUCGGAACCUUUGGCCUUGAGAAGUUCUCUUUUUAUUGUUUAAACCUUAUGAUACUGAACGGCUGUUUUGAGCACUUUUUAUUUUUAACAUAUUUCUUCUGCUUUUAGUAGUGCCACGAUUACUAGCAUGUACACUGUAUCACUACCAGUACCAGGGAGUUGUGAAAUACAUGUUUAACAACAUGACACUCCCCUUGGAGUGGAUCAUAUGCACAGCUACUCACUUA